CUUUGUGUUCUUCUUUAUCCAUCUGUGAGUCUUUGAGAUGCCAAAGCUAUGUCGGAUCCUCCGACGACAUCAUCGGAGCCGCCGCACCAGCACCAGCACCAGCAUCAGCACCACCAGCAACUCCUACAUUUGCCCCUAAUCCACGGCGGCGCCACCACCUCCACCACCAGAUCAAUCAAUGCCGCCGCCCGUGAGUACCGCAAGGGCAACUGGACUCUCCAGGAGACCAUGAUUUUAAUAGCCGCGAAGAAGCUUGACGACGAGCGGCGGAGCAAGGCGAACCUAGCGCCACCGGACCCGGCGGCGCGUAAGGGCGGGGAGCUCCGGUGGAAGUGGGUGGAGAACUACUGCUGGAGCCAAGGUUGCCACCGGAGCCAGAACCAGUGCAACGACAAGUGGGACAAUCUCCUCCGCGACUACAAAAAAGUCCGCGAGUACGACUCCCGCGCGUGCGCCUCCGCCUCCGAACAACCCUCCCCCUCCCCCUCCUACUGGAAAAUGGAGAAGCACGAGCGAAAAGACAAUAAUCUCCCUUCCAACAUGCCCUUCGAAGUCUACCAAGCGCUCAACGACGUCGUUCAGAGGAAGUACUCCAACUCCCACAGAUCAGGCGCCACCGCCGCCGCCGUUCUCCCGUCUCCGUCCUCCGCCCCGCCGCCGCCUCUCCCGCCGACAACCACUUCUCCGGCUGCCUCAGAAUCAUCAUCUGGGACGGAGUCGAGCGAGAAGAGAGAGAGCAUGGAAACGAAGAGGAGAAAAAUGGGAGACAUAGGGUCAAGCAUAGAGAGGAGCGCCUCGGCGCUGGCUCAAGCGCUGCGGAGCUGCGAGGAGCAGAGGGAGAUUCGACACCAACAGCUAAUGGAGCUUCAAAAACGGAGGCUUCACAUUGAAGAAACCCGCAACCACCUCCACCGCCAAGGAAUCGCGGAUCUCGUCGCCGCCGUCGCCAACCUCUCCGGGAAAAACAAUAGAAGUAGCAGAUCAUCAGAAGGGUAUGGAUCAUCAUCAUGUUUAUACAGUGGAGAAGAGGUGAGGGUUUUGAAAGAGCAAAAUGAGGCAAUGCAAGCUGAGCUGAUGGGUGUCAAGUCUGAGCUCUCCCAACUUAGGGACCAAAUGCCCUCUCUCAUGCAGACCAUGAUGCACAAUAUGAUCCACAACAUCCCUCCUCCUCCCAAUCCUCAUUCUUCCAUGGACCCAACUGGAUCAGGUGGAGAUGCUUAGAUUGAUAAUUGGUUAUUUAAUUUACAAAAUUAGUACAAUUGAUUAUUGUUUUCAUGUG